ACAAUCAGUAUAUGUCACAAGUUACAUUUGCUUUCGAAAAGUUUAAAAAAAGUAACAGAAUUAAUACUAUUAUUUUACAAAGAAAUUAAUAUAAAAGGAAUCAACUUAAAAUGUUAAGGUUUAUAAAGAAAAAUAUUUUUAUUUAUUUUCAGAUACAAAUAUAUAUAUGUAGAGGCAUUGAUACCUAUGAAGAUUUACGGGAUUACACGAUUAGAAUCUAGCGAGAAUUGUGAAAUUGCUUCAAAUUGUUCCUUCUAUUGUAUGUAUAUGGAUAUUGCAGGUGGGAAGAUCUAGUACGAGGACUUUUUCUGUAAAUAGAAUGUUGUUUUCAGAAGAAAAAUAUCUAGAAAUCAAGGAAGAUAAUGGAGUAAGAAUACAUUACAUCUGCAAAGUAAAGACACUGAUAUUAAAUCAUCCAGAAUCUCGUAAUUCUUUAUCUUUGAAAAUGUUAAAGUCUUUAUUAAUGAACAUAAAAAAGGAUGAAGAUAGUAAAGAUCUUCGAUCCAUAGUUAUUAAAUCUGGAUUGGAAAGAGUAUUUUCUGCUGGACACAACUUAAAAGAACUGACUGGUAACAAUGAGAAACUUCAUAAGGAAAUCUUUGAAACAUGCUCAGAGUUGAUGCGAACAAUUACUCAAAGUCCUGUUCCUAUAAUUGUUGCUGUAGAUGGUAUAGCAACUGCAGCUGGCUGUCAAUUGGUUACUGCAUGUGAUAUUGCUAUUUGUACUGAACAAAGUUCAUUUGCUACACCAGGAGCCAACCUUGGAAUAUUUUGUUCUACACCAGGUAUUCCCUUAGUUCGAAAUGUACCCAAGAAGAUAGCAAUGUACAUGCUAUUUACAGGUUUUAGCAUUAGUGGCAAAGAAGCAUACGAAGCAGGACUUGUGAGUAAAGUUGUACAAAAUGAUAAAUUUGAAGAAGAAAUUGAAAAGAUUACUACAUCUAUAAAUAUGAAAAGCCGUUCUAUUAUUCAUGUUGGAAAAACAUUUUUGUAUGAACAAUUGGAUCUUGAUAUGUCAACCGCAUAUUUCUUAGGAACUGAAAAGAUGAUUAAUAGUUUAAAAAUGAAAGAUGCUCAAGAAGGUAUCAAAAGUUUCAUUGAAAAACGAAAACCUAUUUGGAGUCAUGAUUAUGAGAAAAAUUAAUAUGGACUGGUGUAUAUAUAUGAAAUAUCUAAUAUAAAUUCCUAA